GAACUGAAAAGGGUCGAACAACAAGUGGAACAAUGCUUAACCGCGUUGCGUACUGAAGUUAAUAAAGACGCUACUUUGGAUCAAAAAAUGAAUAAACUUGUCGAACUAUAUAAAGAAUUUGGAAAAGAACUACCAAACUUUAGAAGCAAAGGA